GACGGAGGGGACACGUCACGCGACAUACUUUUACUUCGCAGCUUGCAGCUUUUUCCAUGUAGCUAGUCCUUGAAUAAAUUAUGGUUGCAUAUAAAUUAAAUAAUCGGAGAUUUCAUCUUAAAUGUGGGGUUUUUGACCACUCAGAUUUGAUUGCCAGAGCAAGAAUCUAUCUUCCGCGUUCACCCACUAGGAGGGGCGCGAGAGCUUAACACGUUCGUGAAUUAGUGACGUAAUCACAUUGCGAUUGACGUUUAGUUUGUCCUCAUUGAGCCACCGUACGAGAUUUGGCGGUAUUAUGGGAAAUGCAUGUAGAUGGGACUUAAUUAUACGUUUACAUGUAUAUCAGAAAUAGAAAUUAGCUACGUUUAAGAUUAUUCUGAUGGAGGGAAUCAAUGCUAAGUACGUGUCAAAGAAAAUCAGCAAAACGAGAUGGAGACCGGUCUCAUCUUCGUCUUUACAGCAACCAGACAUAUUUGCUACUGGGUCUUGGGACAACGAGGACAACAGCAUUUCAAUUUGGUCCAUCGGAGAGAAUGGGGUCUCCAGUAUGGGCGAUGAAUUUGAGGGAGACCCUCAAUUAUUAUGUGAAUACAAACAUAAUGGGGAUGUUCUGGACCUUCAAUUUCUGGAUCAAGACAGAAUAGUAACAGCGUCAUCAACUGGAGCCGUGACUAUCUUUCGGCAUCACCACAACAGCCAGACAUUGUCUGUUUCUCAACUGUGGGAAAGAGCACAUCAUUAUCCCUGCAACAACGCCCCAUGUACUGGAGUUGUGUGUAACAGCCCUGAGAUUGUCACGGUUGGGGAAGAUGGAAGGAUCAUGCUCUUCAGAGCCGAUCAGGAAGGAGUGCUGCGCACCAUAGAAAAGGCUGACAGUAGCGCAAUCCAUGCUGUGACUUUCCUGAGGACUACAGAGAUCCUUACCGUCAAUUCUAUUGGCCAGCUCAAACUAUGGGACUUCAGGCAACCAGGCAAUGAACCAUCACAGAUUCUUUCAUUAACUGGAGACAGAGUUCCACUGCAUUGUGUGGACAGGCACCCCAACCAACAACACAUUGUGGCCACAGGGGGGCAGGAUGGCAUGCUCUGUAUCUGGGACGUGAGACAAGGCAACAUGCCCAUUUCACUUAUGGAGGCACACACUUCUGAAAUGUGGGAGGUCCAUUUUCAUCCAUCAAACCCAGGCCACCUGUUCUCAUGCUCAGAGGAUGGAUCACUGUUGCAUUGGGAGACUUCUUCAAAUACAGACACACCAUCCUUCUUACAAGGUGGACGGAACACAAGCAUAAUUUCUCGCAGCGCAAUAGCCCCAACAGGUGGGAACCAGUCCCUCAUCAAUGCCUGGCUCACUGGGGACUCUAGUAAGGGACACCUUGAGACCACUCACAUGCUGCCUAGCCAAAUGCUGUCUGUGAACAGUCUGGAUGUACUGGGACAAUGCUUGGUGUGUGGAACGGACGGAGAGGCUAUUUAUGUCAACAGACAUGUCCCAAUUUAAUAAAAAAAUAAAAAAUACAGUUCAGCUGUUCACAUUAUUUGACGGGCUGGCUGGACUUUAUCUUGCCAGAAGAUGCUGACCCUACCAUUCCGCUUAUUUACGCUGAGCUGCACUGAGGUCGGAACGCAAUCAUGGUUACAUUAAGACACUGGAGUCGGCGCGAGAUAUGGGUUCGGAAAACAUACCUCAAUGCAGGGAUGGGACAUGCCACUGUACUCCAAAUUGUACCUUUGUCCACACUACUCCAAGAAUAUUUAUAUACUGCUAGUUUUUGCGUAAAAAAAUAAUUUUUCGUCUUCAUGUUAGCUAGCAGCCAUGUCAGCCAUUAUGGAAUAGCACAUUGCGUUGAACAACAAAGGAGCUGAUUGGCUGACACAACAUUCCAAAAUUGGCUGCGGUGGCUACUGUUACCUAGCAUGAGGACAAAAAGGGCAUGAGCAGAAUUUCAAUCUUCUCGAUGGAGCAGUGUGGAUAAAUGUAACAUUUGGAGUACAGUGGCAUAUCCCAUCCCUGCAUUGAGGUACGUUUUCUCACUGUGUCUUAAUGUAACCAUGAUUGCGUUCAGACCUCAGUGCGUAGCGGUAGGGUCGUUAUCUUCAGGCAAUUAUUUAUCUAAUCUGAUUGUUGAAAUAUUUUCCCAGUAAAAGGUCUUGCUCUUGAGGAAUAGAUCACCUUCAUCAGGUGAAAGUAUUUAGUAAAUUGUAUGAUUGUUUUUGAUAUUCCUGAGGGAGGUUUAAGAAAUUAAAAGCAUACAGAGAGAUCUUGGAUUACCACAGAAAUGUAGUUUACACUCUAAAUUAUGCUCAAAACCAAUCACAGAUAAAGCACUUGAUUUUUGGGGAAGUCAUACUGGUUGUAUUCAUGUAAUUUAACUCCUGUGUUUUGAAAUAAAAUGCCUUUGCAUAAA